GUUUUCAUUUAUUUUUAUUAUGUAUCUUUUAAUUCCGAUAAUUUUCUUAGCAAUUACUCAAAGUCUGUCUUUUGCAGCCGAACCCAGAUGCUCUCGGUUCCAUUAUGAAGAACAACUUCUCGAGAAAAUGAUAAGAAUGGAAGUGAAAGUUGAAGAGAUUGAAAAACGUAUAACUAAAACGAACCAAAAUGUGAUCAAUGUGCUAGAGGAGUUAAAAAUAGAAAGGACGAAAAUGAAAAACGAUAACAUUGAAUUGCAAACGAACUAUGCUAAGGAAAUGGAAGAGCGAAUGAACGAUAUUACUGAUUUAAAAGCUAUGUUUUUCACGGACACGAUAGCGUUUAAAGCAGGCGGACCCACGGACUUAAGCCUUGAAACAGGACAGAUCAUUGUCUUCGCGAAGAAUAUGUUAAAUAAAGGUGGAGCAUACAACAAUAAAACGGGAAUAUUUACAGCACCAGUGAGCGGAACAUAUAUAUUUAUGAUUCAUCUUUGUAUAAAGAAUAAAAAUAGCAUGUAUUAUGGUAUAAUGGUUGACGAUACAGUGUACACGUCUGGACGAGUGUACGACUCUGUUGCAGAUUCAUGUUAUACUGCUGACGCUCUAGUUGUUCUAAGCGGCGGCGAACAGAUUUACGUCAAAUGCCUAUUUGGAUCAUCAUCAUCUGGCGAACUGUAUGAGUACUCCUCGUCAUCAUAUAACUUCUGGAGCACGUUCUCUGGCUCGCUGGUUCACAGAUAGAUUUAAACCUUUUUAUAGUUCUAAAUUAAUAUUU